AUGUCCGGCGCAAGGCAUUGGGAGCAAGAUAAGGAGGCUACUGUGUACAUUGGAAACCUCGACGAACGAGUCACGGAUAGCCUAGUAUGGGAGUUGAUGCUGCAGGCCGGACGCAUCGUUAAUGUUCACCUACCCAAAGAUCGGGUCACACAAUCACACCAAGGUUACGGUUUCGUGGAAUUCAUCAGCGAGGAAGAUGCUGAAUAUGCAUCGCGAAUAAUGAACGGUAUUCGUCUAUAUGGCAAGCCGAUCCGAGUUAACAAAGCGUCCGCGGACAAGCAAAAAUCUGUGGAAAUUGGGGCAGAGCUCUUUGUUGGAAACCUUGAUCCUCUGGUUACCGAGCAGGUUCUCUAUGAUACUUUUAGUCGCUUUGGAACGCUCGUAAACAUUCCAAAAGUUGCGCGCGAUGACAACAACCUAUCGAAGGGAUACGGAUUCGUAUCAUUCGCCGAUUUCGAGUCCUCUGAUGCCGCUAUUGCCAAUAUGAAUGGGCAGUAUCUCAUGAAUAAACAAGUGUCGGUGCAAUACGCCUAUAAGAAGGAUGGAAAAGGUGAACGGCACGGUGAUGAAGCGGAACGAAUGCUUGCUGCACAGGCUCGCAAGCAUAAUGUUCGCCCACCAACUCAGCCGCUCCCACCACAAUUCACCACUCCAGCCACUCCAAUGGCUGCUGCAGGAUUGGCUAAUGGUGACGGCCCCCGGCCGUUGAGCGCCGGCCCGCCGGAGUUGGCGGCAAUGGGAAGAGGCAUCGCGCCGCCUAAUGUUGGCUUCCAGAAUGUACCUCCACCACAAGCCACUCGACCAGCACCUCCAUCCGCUCCCCUGUCCAACCCCCCUCCCGGUCUACCGGCGAGACCCCCGCCAUCUCAGGCUGGUUAUGGUGGCCCGCAGGCUUUCCUCCCUCCUAGCCUCAACAAUGCUGGUCAACAGGCCCCCUUCCAACCACAAGCAGCAGCACCACCGGGCUUUGCGCCUCCGGGGUUUGGGCCUCCCGCAGGGACUCCCGGCCCUCCGCCUCCUCUACCACCAGGGUUUCAGCAACCUGGUUAUGGCAGGGGCCGCUGA